AUGGCACCAAAAAGGGAAGGUAAAAAAUGUGCUUCAGAAAUUGAGCUACUGAAUCCUGUUAAGUGUAAUUCGCCAAAUGAAGAGAUAAAAAUAGAGCCAAACAGUUGCGGGCUUGUUGUGCAUGACAAUAAAAUUUCUGGAACAACUUUGUAUCAUGCCAGUCUUAGCACGGGACCUUGUGCUGCAUUCUUAAAGCCCCUUGAUGAAGCAAUUGCAGUCUAUGAAAUUCUUAGAAAUUGUGACCAUCCUAGCCUGUUGAAGCCUUUAGGAGUUUGGAAGAGUACCACUGAUGAAACUAAAGCUUAUCUUGUUGUUGAAGAAGUAUGUGGUGCACUAAUCUCUAAAGGAAAGCAAUACAUGUUCUCUAUGGAGGGGUCAUCAAUAUAUGGAUUUUCAACAAAUGGGUUCGAAAGUUUUAGGGCAAUCUUCUCCGUGGUAGAUUAUGUGAAUAAUCUUUACCGGAAAGAUGUUGGCUCGAGUACCAGUGAGGAAGCUUUUCCAAUGCUUCCUUUGAAGAUCAACAGCUCUAGUGUCUUCUACAAGAAGAGAAGCUCCUCUGAGACUCACGAGGAAGUGCAAGUUUUGGUUGGUGAUUUCUUACCAAAGUAUCCAGCACGACUUGUUAAGAUCAAGCGUAUACAAGCUUUCGAAUAUCCUUUUUUAUGGGGUAAAGUAGACUUAUUCCAAUUUAUUCCGUUCAUGCAAAGCAUUCUAAUAUCCAUUUUUUUUUUGAAAAAAGGCCCAACAGUGGAGCAUGUUAGACAGUUCAAUUGGAACAAGACUGGAGAAUACCUGAGCUCCUUUUGUGGAAAUAAAGCUGAUGUCAAUCUCGAACUGAAUGUUUUAGCUGAAUUAUUGAAAAGUGAGAAUGCAAGCUAUGAGGAUGUCAUGUGGCAACCAGGAAUGUGGGAAGCCAUUGUAAAAAUGGAAUUUAUAAGAGAAAUUUAUUGGAUAAUGGAUCGACAGCGAGAUAGAAAAAAAGAAUGUUCAUUCGUGAGGACGGAGAAAGGUCAAGUGCUUUACAAGAUAAAGAGUUCUCUUAAUGUCUUAUCUUGCGUGCAACAGUUUACAGACUGGGAACUAAAAGAAACAAACCUGCUGGAUUCUGUGGUUCUUCUUCGAGACCACGUUGUAGGACAUCAUGGUGAGAGCUACAAAUUCUAGAAGGGUCCAAAGAGUGAGAUGGGACCUGAUAAGGUCACUUUAGAGAGAUUUCUGCAAAAGAGCAACCCUGAUUAUAUGAUAAAACUCAGCAAAGAAGUAAGGAGUUUGAAUUGGAUAACU